AAAAAACUGGAAACAAGAAUUGCCCAGAAAUAAACAUAGGCCCACGUUGGAUGUGAAAUGUUCGGCCCAGAUUAAUCUCUCCCCUUCUUCGUCCCGGCUAGCAGCACCGUUAGGGUUAGCGCGGCGGCGACCUUUGAUCCAGGCGAUUAAUGGCGCGGCGGUGAGCUCCUGCUUGUUCGUCAGCGGGAUUUUCCCUUGCUCCGUCGAUCCCGUUGGGAGAAGCUCCUCCCCAUUCGUGCUCCCUUCUCCGGCACCGCUACUCCAAUCAUAGAUAAAUCUAUUUGUUGGAUCCACUAUGAUGGAGAAAGAAACCAGCCAAGAACUUUCAAUUGAAAACAAGAGCGCUGGUUUGAGUAGGGUGGGGAAACCGAAGGUGGCAGAGAUUCAGCUUCAACUUCUACCCUAUGAUGUUCUGCGCGACAUACUGUCACGGUUAUCUAUCAAAGAUGUCGUGAGGAUGAGCAUGCUUUCUCAUGAAUGGAGACAGCAGAGGAUAUGCCACCCAGAUCUGGUCUUCACCAAAGACACCUUUGGCAUCAGUACUGACCCAGAUCUGGUCUUCAUCAAAGACACCUUUGGCAUCAGUACUGACCCAGAUCCAGACUUCACCAAAGUCAUCUGUGGCAUCAUUACAGACAUUAAGACUAAAGAAGCAUCCUGGACUGCUGAAUUCAUCGCCAAUGUGGACAGUGUAUUGCGCCCACUGUGGUCUACUUCUACUACAACUACGACUAUGCUGGACAAGUUUGCUGUCGAAUUUGGCCUUUGUAGAAACCAUAAGCAUCACAUCGAUAGAUGGAUUAACUUUUCCACUGCGUCAAGGGCCAAGCACAUUACUGUUGAUUUUACAUCAAAUCUCACUUGCUUUGGCGCCCGGCGCGACAAGUACAAGUACGUCUUCCCGUUGCAAAAUCUCAGUGGCCCAAACGCCUCUUGUGUCAAGUAUCUUGAUCUGGGUUACGUGUGGUUAAAACUGCCCCCCAAUUUUUGUGGUAUCGCAAACCUUAACAAACUCACACUAAAGAUGGUGUCCAUCAGUGGAGUUGAUCUACACUGCCUUUUGCUAAGCUGUGCUGUUCUCAAGCAUAUAAACAUAGAGUGCUGCUCCUCCUUCUCAAGCCUGCGCAUACGACAGGAGUUGUGUCGGUUGCAAUACCUGCGUGUGCGCCAUUGUAAACUGGAAAUUGUAGAGUUGCAUGCUCCAAAUCUUACCAACUUUGAGUUCGACGAAGAUCUCUCACAAAUUUUGCUCAGUGAUUGCUUGAGGUUGUCGGAGGCAACCUUUGUAUCGAACAUGAGGACUCAAGAGUUCAAUGGUUAUGAUCUCGACGACUUGGCCUUCAACUUCACCGAGCUUGCUCUUCCUGAUGCCCAAAAACUAUUUCUACUUUUGAAUUUUGAUCAGGUGCUACGAUUCAGUAAAAACCAGACUAGCUUCAUCAAUUUGAGGCAUCUGAACAUGAACCUUGAGCUUGCGUGGGAUCCAUAUGAGGAUAGUUGGGCAAUGGGGUUUCUUAAUCUUUUGAAAUUAGCACCUCUCUUAGAAGAAUUGGAAAUGCAUGUUGGUGGUGAUAGAUUUUGCACUCAUGGUAUGAGGAUGGUGACCGCUGUGCAAGGGCCUCUGCAUCAUCACCUCAAGAGUGUUCACAUGUCUGGAUUUUGUGAUGUAUUGGGGCUAGCCGAGCUGGCGCUCUACAUCCUUGGGAAUGCUACUGUACUUCAACGUAUGGUGGUAGAUCCAGUGGCCUAUGCCAACACUCUUCACACCGAUGAUACCUAUUCAGUUAGCAAGGCUGGUAGUAUCGAGGGGGAUCAUUACCACGUCGAUCAGAAUAGGAUGUUUGCAGAGCAAAUCCUUGGCAGUGAGGAGUUCCGUCAUAUUGUCACCAUUUUGUGAACUACAAUGCUAGGGCUGGAGAUGUUAUCUAUAUAUGUCGAGGAUUUAUGGAUAUGGGCACAGAGGAAAAAGGAUCAGUCGGGAGCUUUACGAAGAUUUAUAAUAAUACUCAGAAGGGAUGCAUUCAUGUACAAGCCGAAUGAUUGGAUACAGUAGUGUGCGCACUAAAAUUCAGUGUUGUCUGCACCAAAAUUUGAUUAUGCUUUGGGUCUAUAUUUUCUUCUUUCUUGGCUUUGCUAUUAUCAACAUAAGCAGUUGGUAGCAGUUUUAACUGAAAUACAUGUGGUACACUUCCAUUAAUAAAAUCAUGGAAUCAUUAUCUCA